CACCUCCGUACGAGGAGUUAACCUGUAGGCGAGCCGCAUGGUUAAUCUUCUCUGGCAAGUCGCGGAGGCUUUAAAGUACCGCCUCCUCGCUUCCUCUCCGCCACUCGGGAGCAAACUUCAACGUGUGGAGAUGAAAUUGUCUGUCGUGUCCAAGAAGUUGUGGUGUGUUCACAAAGUGUUGGUGCUCCUGAUCACGCCGCUGCUUUUUUCGCCUUUACUCGUGACCUUGCCGGAAAAGGAGGGAAGAUGUCUUUACGUGGUGGUGCUCAUGGCCACGUUUUGGUGCACAGAGGCCCUCCCUCUGGCCGUCACCGCAAUGCUCCCCAUCUGCCUUUUCCCAACGCUGGGGAUCAUUCCAUCCCAAAGACUCUGUCCUCAGUACUUUCUGGAAACCAACUUUCUCUUCUUAAGCGGCCUGGUGUUGGCGUCGUCCAUUGAGGAGUGGGGCCUCCAUCGCAGAAUAGCAUUGAAGGUCCUCACCAUCGCCGGCGUCAAACCAGCCUGGCUCAUAUUGGGCAUGAUGACGACCUCGUCCUUCCUGUCCAUGUGGCUCAGCAACACGGCCACGACAGCCAUGAUGCUCCCCAUCGCCGACGCCAUCCUGGAGAGUCUCUUCGGUGAUCUGGAGAGCCUCAAAGAAAAAUGCAAGUCAACUGAGGACGGUGACAGCGAAGUCAUCAAUGGUCAGCCUACUCAGAUGCAUUCGCUGCCUUCGGUGGCCUCAGAGAAACAAAUAUUAUCACUUGAGGGGAUGGGCGCAGCAGAACACGCUGACCUGAGGACAGCCAAGGAGAUCCGAUCCGAGUCGGAGGAUCAGAUGAGAUUGUGGAAAGGGUUCCUUGUCUGUAUUCCUUACGCGGCCAGCAUUGGAGGAACCGCCACACUGACCGGAACCGCACCAAACCUUAUCCUCAUUGGACAGCUCAGAAACAAUUUCCCGGAGUGUGAUGUGAUCAAUUUUGGCUCUUGGUUUGCAUUUGCGUUCCCGCUCAUGCUCAUCUUCCUUCUUUUGGGAUGGAUAUGGAUCGCGUUCCUCCACGGAGGGUUGAACACACGCUCGUGCUUCAAGAAAUGUGAGCAAAGAACAGAGGAAGAGGCCGAAGCUCAGGCUCUCAUUGAAGAGGAUUACAGAAAACUUGGGCCCUUAAAUUUUGCAGAGGGAGCCAUCUCUUUCUUCUUUGUAUUGUAUGCAGUUCUCUUGUUCACAAGGGAUCCGAAAUUUGUCACAGGCUGGUCUGUGUUUUUCAAGAAGGGUUACGUGUCAGACGCAGUCACCGGUGUGAUCAUUGUGUCCAUAUUAUUUUUCUUCCCCUCACAGAAACCUUCUCUUAGCUGGUGGGCGGACCCUAAAGCUUCAAAUUCUCCGUACGUGCCUCUGCUAUCAUGGAAGAAAGCCCAGGAGGCGGUCCCUUGGAAUAUCAUUUUGUUGCUCGGAGGCGGCUUUGCCAUGGCUCAAGCUUGCGAGGAUUCUGGCCUCGCCUCCUGGAUCGGAGGCCACCUACAGCCUUUGUCCAAGGUCCCGCCUGCUGCGGCCAUGAUGUUGAUCACAGCCUUUGUGGCCUGUUUCACAGAGUUCGCCAGCAACACCGCCACCAUUAUCAUAUUUUUACCAGUUAUUGCUGAACUGGCGUCUCAUGUGUCCGUGAAUCCUUUGUACUUCAUGAUCCCCGCAACAGUUGGGAGUUCGUACGCUUUUAUGCUGCCCGUGUCGACGCCACCAAACUCUAUCGCCUUUGCAUCCGGUCACCUCAUGGUCAAAGACAUGGUCAAAACUGGCUUUGUCAUGAACAUCCUGGGUCUGCUCUCAGUCACUCUAGCCAUUAACACAUGGGGCCUAGCCAUGUUUAACCUGGACACGUACCCCGACUGGGCUCGCCCUCUCAAUCGGUCUGCUUCCCACGCAUCAAACUCUACUCUUUGAUCACACAGCUGGAUUCAACACUAAACGGAGACCAAAACAAAUCUGUUGGAAGAAGAGCUGCUAGCAUUUUACCAUUUGGUGCAUCAAUUAUGACAUCUGUCCUCUUUAGUCCUGGAAAAUAACUUUUCCAACGGAUGGUCACACAUAUAUUAGAACUUUUAACAGACACAGUUUUUUUUUUUUACAAAACAAUGAAUGAAUGAAAGAGGAUGUUGUGAAUACUCGUUUCAUCCAUCCAUUUUCUGUACCGUCACGGGCGUGCCGGAGCCUAUCCCAGCUAUCUUACGCCCUGAACUGGAGGCCAGCCAAUCGCAGGGCAAUACUAGUUUCAGUGUUGUUGAAUUACUGUUCACUUAUUUGAUCAUGUUCUUAAACUGCUCAAUGCAUUGCAAAAACAUUGACUCGCACUGCAGUGGACAGCGAUUCAAAAUCUGUUUUUGUCUUUUUGCGUGAGGAGUCUGAUGUCAAAUCAUGUUAAUCGCUACAGUGAACGUUGCGAGUGUGUCAUCCCAUUCGUUGCCACCGACUGAUAAUCAACUUUGACAUCGAGACUCUCGCAUAUCGCCACUGACUGGUGGAACCCUCGCAUUUCCAUCAUGACUACUUUCAGGAAUUUUAAAACUUGGAUAUUUCCAACACAGUAUCAACACAACGCUACCCCAAAGUCAUGUUCAGUCACUAAUUGUACGGUAUAUGAAAAAAGACAAAUGCAUGAAAAGCAAAUGAUUGCGGUUCCAUCAUUUUCGCAAACUCUCAACGGUCCGUGAGUGGAACAAUAAAUGAAACGAUAAGCUGAAAUGAAUCGCUACGCGCUUACUUUUGUAUUCCAGCAAUCUGUUUUGAACCAAAAACAUCUCACUCAAAUGUACUGUAUCAAACCUAACUACAGUAUUUUCACCCCUUAUUAUCUGGAAAAAAAAUCGAGACUUUCAAUGGCUUUUUGAGGCGACAUAAUGCCACACAGCCCCCGCAGAGUCAACGAAGAGGCGGAGUUUUACAACACUUCUCCGACAGUUCAAGUGUACCAGAGCGUGAAUAGAUUUGUUCUCAAGCUAUUUCCAACGCUUUAACAUUGUAAAUAAUGCGUCAAAAGAACAGACGACCCAAAAUAUUGAUUUGUCAAACAAUAUGAAAUUGACCAUCUUUGGACAAGCAAAAUGUCCGCAGAACAGCAAUGAUAUGUAGAAUAGCUGUCCACUGUAGUAGCCGCUAUGCAGGAAACUUUUACUUCUGAAAUGCUCCAAGAUGAAAAUGUGCAAAGUACGGCUAAUUUGCAAAAAAAGUCGCCUCUUGUUUCCGUGGCUCUCGCGAGCCUUCGAGGGCAGCAUUGAGGGUGGGACCUUUGUGCUGAUCCUAAAGCUAGAAAGAUAUCUGCUCGCGUGUGGCACGCUCCCACCGAUGAAUGCCUUUAAUACGUCCGUAUAUGUCCCGUCUAAACACUGUCAUCUGGUCCGUUUGGAGAUUUCUGAUCCCUGAAGUGGAGUACAGUAGACGUUUGUCUCGUUUGCAAGAGCAGAAAGCCAUAUCUUGUUACAGGCUUCCCAUGCUAGAAAUUGAGGAGAUGACAUGUCCGUCUGUGAAUCGAAAAUAGAUGAGGCCAGGUAUUUGAAGUUGUGAACUUGCUUUAAGGUUACAGUUGAAGUAGACAUAGCUCACUGGGGCUUGGGGUUUUAGCUCUACUGUGACGGAACAAGACCCACGACUUUGCCACUAGCAUUUCUUUUCAAGCGACUCUGGACCAUUAUCAUCUCUCAGUCCAAAGCUAACCACCGCUGCGGUGUUGCUCCAUGUGUUCGUGUCUGUUAACCGGCACAAAAACACACAAUACAUUGUUACACAAUAGCACUCGCGAGUAUAGCCACCACUUUUUGCUCUGGGAAAAAAAAUGGGGACCAAAAAAAAACAAUGGGAUUUUGCUGUUAUGUCGUCAGUGGUGUAUAGGAUAAAACAAAAAAGCAAAAUCGGAGAAACUCAUCACUUUGCAUUUCUCCACCAGCCAUGUUUCUCCCAUAAGUGACGUGCAGUGGUCAUCAUGGUAGAGGGGUCAGCAUCUGUAAUUCUUAAUCCUUGGACUAUUUUAACCAACUUGUUGUUUAUGGGGAAAAUGCAUACUACAUAAGAUAUUUUCUGCUGCUGUUAGCAAACCAAAUUGAACUUUGUUGAGAUAGCGUGAGGACCCCAGUGUCUGGUACGCUAUAAAGUGUCUGGAGUCACACGGCUGACGGCAAUGGUUAACUCGUACAAGGCUGCUGCGGUUGGUUACUUAGUGUCAGCGGAGUCGCUGCGAAAAGGUUUGAAAUGCAAAACCUUGAGCCACACGAGUCCUCUCUCUGAUAACUGGAGCAGAAGGAUGAAAAGUGUCAACUGAAAUUGCGGUUCAAUCAAUUCAUGUGGAUGCUUUUCAUUGUUUUUCAAAGUGUCUACAUUGUGUUGAAUUAUUGGUUUUUUACUCGUUAUUCCGUUCUUAACAAAUGGCUUGUGACUUAUACACUGACUUACAAUGUUUUUUUCUGAUUCUCCAAUUGUUAAAUACAGUAUAUUUUAAAUACCAUUGUGUCAUUAUCAUUACACUAAAGUUGAUUUUUGUUUCGUAAGUUUUAUUUUGCACUGUUUAAUAAACUAGACUUGAUCACCCCA